CCAGCACAUAGAAGAAAGACGAGUUGACUUGGCGUACAAAUCCUCUUUGAGAAACAUGAUCAUGAAGAUCUGUUGCUUCGGCCUGGUUCUGCUCCUGGUGCUGUCUGCAGUGCUGCCCUCCGACGCCCAGCCUGAGACAACAUCCCAGCGCUACCAGCGCUUCAAGCGGAAUCACGUUUAUGGGAGCAUGACUGUGAAACAGUGUACCAGCGUGAUCAGUAAGAGGGGCAUUACAGAAGGAAACACCAACCAGUGCAAAGAUGUGAACAGUUUUAUACUGGCCAACGAUAACCAGGUCAACGCUGUGUGUACUGGUGCUGGGACUCCUCAGGGCGGAGAUUUAUAUAUGAGCAACAAUCGGUUCAAUGUGAUCACGUGUAGGCUGAAAAGUGGCGUGAGGCACCCGAAAUGUGAAUAUCGUGAUGGUGAUAAGAGCCAUCGGCACAUUGUAGUGGGCUGUACUAAUGGACUGCCUACACAUUACGCUGAAGGUGUUAUUAUUGGUAAAUAAACUGGUUAUACAGGCUGAUUAUACGGAUUUUGGCUUUUGGGCUUUUUUUCAUUUUAAAACAAAGAGUUUCCUAAUAGUCUACUUGUAUUAGAACACAUACUCUUAUAUUAUUUAUACAUUAGAUCGUUCUGGUCCUCAUACCUGAUUUGGCACAGUGUUUAAGCCGGAUGCUCUUCCUAAAUCAGAGCUCCUAUUAUAUCAGGACUCGGGAUCGGCUCUUCCCAGCGGUUUGGCUGUUCUAACUGUGUGUUUUAUAUGAUGGACAGAACAUUGAGUUAGAUCUGCGCUUGUGUUGAACGCUCUUUGACCUUAUACUCUGAUUUUGGUGUAAUGUAAUACUGGUAUUAUUAGUAAUAUCAUUUAGAUUCACUUCUUGUUUAAAUGUGUGACAUCUGAUUUUGAAUAGAUUGGAUUUUUUUUACUGUUGUUCACUGCGAAGUGAAUAAAAAUCAAAUUUUGUGAUAUUAUCAUUUGCUUAAAAUACAUGUAAUAUUUGUUACUUAUUGUACAGGGGUGUGUGAUGCAUGUGCUGUAUUGGGAGAGGGUGAAACUGUGUGUGGGAAAUAUACAGUAUUUCUGUAUAUGCUGAUUUCAUGUAAACAACCAAAAAAGCCAAAUAAACGUAUAUUAUCUAUUAAA